GUGAUGAAUGUUUGUAUGAAAGCUUUCCUGAACUUCCUUUGGAGGAAGCACCAGAAGCUGAUGGAGAGGCUCCAAAUGUCCAGUGUCCAGCAUCCAUCAGCAUCCAAGAGCCAUCUUCUCCAGCAACCUCCAGUGAAGCUUUCACACCAAAGGAAAGCUCUCCUUACAAGGCUCCAAUAUAUAUUCCUGAUGACAUUCCCAUUCCUUCAGAGUUUGAGCUCCGAGAAUCCAACGUUCCUGGAGCGGGAUUAGGGAUAUGGACUAAAAGGAAGAUUGAAGCAGGGGAAAAAUUUGGCCCUUUUGUAGGAGAGCAGCAGCCACACCUUAAAGAUCCCAGUUACGGUUGGGAG